AGGCCUCACUUCAUUCACAGAAACGUCAGUAUGCCCGUCUGCCUCUCCAUUCACAGCCAGUCCAAAUCAUUUUCAGCAGCAUCUCUCCUCAGCAUCAUCCUGCAUCGCCGUGACACCGAAGAGCAAAAAGGACUCGUACCUUUGUUUGUUUGCUUUUGUCUCAUCGGAGAAGACCAACCCUUGCUCUCAGCUCUAUCUCUUUCUUUCUGUCUUUUCUUCAUUUUUUCAUAUUGCAGGCGAGCAGGCGAGCAGGAAAGCAAGACGAGGGACUGCAGUGCGUUAGCCGCAGCGUUACAGAAAUGUUGUGAAUGACUCUGACACUCCACUGACACAAGCUCCGGGCUCUGGACAUUUUUCCAUGAAUGGCUGCUUUUUUGCUGCCUUAAUGUCACAGGCUUCAUCCCGUUGGCUGCUUUUUAAUGAGGCAGGGAGGUCUGACAUCACUAUUUAUGCUUCGAUCUCCGCCAAACCCGGACAGCGAGAUAGCGAGAUUGCAUCUGGACGUGGUGUGUUUGAAAGAGAUGUUUAAUUAUUCAAGAAAGCUCAUUCAGGAGCACAGCUCGCCUUGUUUUGCCUCCUGUGCGAAGACUUUGAGUGUGGAACGGGGAGAUGGAGUUAUGGCGAUGUCUUGUAGUAUGUAAGGAAGAACGGACGUGACGAACAAAGAGAUAAAACCGUGUUUGUCUUUUGCUUUAUAUCUGAACAAUGGCAAUAUAUUUGCAAAGCAGAAUGUACCCGAUCGUCCAGGUGGAAGGCGAAAGGUGGAUGUAUUUGCAUUAGAUGACAUUUUUACUGUGUUCAGUAUCUAAUUUGGUCGAUUAUUUGUUCAUGAAAUGGGUCCCGUUUAAUAGGGCACCUUUAUGAAACGUAAAAUCAUGAUGGUAGCAUGUCCUUGGAAUCAGUGAUCGCCAUUGACAACAACACAAGUUUUAUUCUGUCUUGUUGUCUUCACUAUCUUAACGUGAUUUCUUUCAUUGAACGCCACCUCUUUUCCAAGCUACGUUGCAUAUUUGUGUUGGUAUUUGUUCUCAGCCUCAUUCUAAGCUUUGAUCAAGUGCUAUUUGUGUAAUUGAUGGAUUGCCUGAGCUAGGAAAGAUAACAUAUAAGCUAGGCGACCAUUUCAGUUCACAUCAUUCGUUUUCACGUGGACUGAAUGAAACCGGAAGGCGUUCCGACGGACAGGGUACAUUUUGAGAAUUGAUUGGUUCUACUGAGCUUUUAGUGGGAGUUUUUUCCUGUAACAGAAAGUGUUCUGCAGUGUUCAGUGAGUCUUUUGUUGAGAAGAGUCUCUCUCUCUCUCUCUCUCUCUCUCUCUCUCUCUCUCUCUCUCUCGAGUGAGUCAUGCAUAUACGGGGAUCUGCCAGGAUGCAGAGAGAGAGAGAGACAUCUUCUCACUAGAGCCCUGUCUCUCUCUCUCUGCCAUAUCUGGCCCUCUAUCUCUGUAGAGGACCGACCCCGCACUGCUUGUCUCUUGUCGCGCUCUUGUCUCCAUGGAUUCCGUGUUUUGUGGUUUCAGCAGCGGUGGAUUUUUCUGACGGCAGCGUCCGCAGCAAUAGCCUGCUGCUCUCUUUACCCCGAGCCCAGUGAGCAGGCAUUCGCGUCCGCCCGUGAGGACGGUUUCUCGGCUUCAGCAUGCCAAGCGAGCGGACGGUCCUCCGGGAGUUGGAUGUGUCCGUUCGCGCUUAGUCCGGCAUACCGAGUGGAAUGCUUCACCGUGCUAAAUACAACCGAUUCCGGAAUGAGUCAGUGACGUCCGUUGAUGAACUUCUGCACGGUCUCUCCAUGAACGCGAAGGUCACGGCCGUCCCGCCGACGCCACCAGUGGGCGUCCCUCCGUACGCCCCGCCAGCCGAGGUCUUGCCCUCUGACUCCGCGGAUGAGUCCGGCACUACCUUGUGCACCCUCAUCAACAAAGUCUCCAACCUCAAAUUCGCCAACUCUUCGGGACUGCUCGGCAUCAAGGGCCUGCCGUCUGCCGUCAAAGACCUGGCCGUGUCCAAGCUCCAGGGAGGAGCGGGGGGAGGUGGCUCAAGCAGCCCCAGCUCGUCCGCCCUCCCAGCGGCCAGUGGGGGCAGCUCGUGCUCAUCGGCCACCUCCGGAGCUCCUCACACCUUGCUGGAGCCGUUCUCCGUAAGCUCGGGGAAGAAGGGGAGGAUGGAAGAGUCUCAGCCCGGCGGAGAGAGCUGGAACCUGGCUGGCACGGGCGGAACGGGUGCCGCAGGCUGCGGGGCACUGGUGAAUAAGCCAUCUCGUGGAUGGCUGCACUCCAAUGAGAAGAUAUCUGGACCUGGAGUGAUGUACGUCGUUAAGUAUUUGGGCUGUAUUGAAGUUCUUCGGUCCAUGAGAUCUCUGGACUUCACCACACGAUCACAAAUCACAAGGGAGGCGAUCAGUCUGGUGUGUGAAGCCAUUCCUGGUGCCAAAGGAGCUCUACGCAAGAGAAAGCCUCACUCUAAACUUCUCUCCAGUAUUUUGGGGAAGAGUAACCUGCAGUUUGCUGGGAUGAGCAUUAAUCUGAACAUCUCAACCAGCAGUUUAAACCUGAUGACACCUGACUCCAAACAGAUAAUAGCCAAUCAUCACAUGCAGUCCAUAUCCUUCGCCUCCGGUGGAGAUCCGGACACGACCGACUACGUCGCUUAUGUAGCAAAAGAUCCCGUCAACCGGAGAGCAUGUCAUAUUCUAGAGUGUUCUGAUGGUUUGGCUCAGGACGUGAUCAGUACGAUCGGUCAGGCGUUCGAUCUGCGGUUUCAGCUCUACCUGCAGUGUCCGUCAAGCAAACCCGCGACACUUCAUGACAGGGUAAUGAGUACAGAUGAGUCGCCGUGGACAGAGGAAGGGGAGGAGUCUGCCGAUCAUCACUACUACAACAGCAUUCCUGGCAAGAUGCCGCCACCAGGGGGCUUCAUUGAUGCUAGACUAACCAAUCAGAUGCAAGAUAGCAGCCAGGGUGCUGGAGUCGACCAGACGUACUACCAAGGCCGUCCCAUGUUUAUCCAACAAGGGUCCUGUGACAUAUACAGUCUGCCUGAGGUCAAAGGUCAGGCCCCUAAGCACGGAGAAGCCCCCACGUAUGUGAACACGCAGCACAUGGACACGCAGGUGUUGGCGGCACUGCAGGGGGAGGCAGAGACGGCGUCCGAUAUGGGCACGAGUGAGGAAGCUAAAGACAGCCUGAGGAAGGACCUCUUUGACAUGAAGCCGUUUGAGGAUGCGAUCAUGACCCAGACUCCAGCUCCAGCCCAUCCUCCAUCAGAACUCCAUAAAGCUGCGUCUGUGGAUAACUCCAGUCCACUGCUGGUGCGAGCGGCGGCCCUCAGAGCUCAGGAAGAGCUGGAAGAACAGAGCUGGUAUCACGGAGAGAUGAGCCGGCGCCAGGCGGAGAAACUGCUGCUCCACGACGGAGACUUCCUGGUGCGGAAGAGCACCACUAACCCGGGCUCGUAUGUCCUGACGGGGAUGCACAACGGACUCGCCAAGCACCUUCUUCUGGUCGACCCAGAGGGCACUGUACGGACGAAAGAUCACAUAUUCGAGAGUAUAAGCCACCUGAUUGGCCAUCACCGUGACAACAACCUGCCAAUUGUCUCUGCAGGAAGUGAACUGUGCUUGAAGCAGCCGGUCGAAAGAAAACAGUGACGACACCUCAAAAAACAUCGGACGGGUCACCGCGACAUGCUUUUAUGAAAGCAAACAUGCCCAGAUGACUUUGCGAUGCAUUACGUUCUCUUCGUCGAAGAACACUUGACGAUCGUCAAACGUUUGGACGAGGUGGGAGUGGACAGCAGCAAAAUCGUUUUUUAGAUAACGAUUGAGGAUUUUAGGUUAUUAAAAGUGGAGCGAAACCUGAUUUUUAGAGCUGUUAUAUUAUUUUUUUGCGCUGGAGGAGAAUCUAUAUUUUUGAAGAAGACUUCAGUGGAUUUUGGACAGUUGUUCGACGCUGAAAUCGCAGAUAUAGUUUGGAAGAAACGCAACUUGAUCUCCAAGAGGGAUGAGCUGAAAACCAGAUAAAGAAAAAGUAUUUUAGAAUAAAAAAGUUUUCAUUAUGUCUAUCAAGCACAACCGGAUUUUCAUGUUCGAAGAUGGAAGAGAUGGAAGAAAAAUAUUUGAGAAAACAAAAAAAUGGAAAAGCUGUUUAUAUCCACUUAUUUUAGGAUGCUAGCGUGCGAGUUCAUUUGGUAGCUUCUAUCCAGUCACAGUUGAUGAAGCUUUUCGGAGGGAAGAUUUGAAUCUGUUUGCUUGAACAGAAAUCACACACAAACACACACACGCACAAAACACACAAACAAAAACACACUUUCUUAAUCCGCGUUUUUGCCUUGUUUUCCAGUCAAAACUAAAUAAAAUUACUUGUGGUGCAAAACUUAAGAAAGUCACACUUGUGGGGGUUUGGGUAUCUCGGCGAGUAUUAACGAUGACUAUCACACCUGGAGUCGUGAGUUCGAAUCCAGGGGCGUGCUGAGUGACUCCAGCCAGGCUUCCUUAGCAACCAAAUUGGCCCGGUUGCUAGGGAGGGUUGAGUCACAUGGGGUAACCUCCUCGUGGUCCGCUAUAAUGUGGUUCUCGCUCUCGGUGUGGUGAGUCAUGCGUGGAUGCCGCAGAGAAUAGCGUGAAGCCUCCACACAUGCUACGUCUCCACGGUAACACGCCCAACAAGUCACAUGAUAAGAUGCGCGGAUUGACGGACACGGAGGCAACUGAGAUUCGUCCUCCACCACCCGGAUUGAGGCGAGUCACUAUGCCACCACAAGGACUUGGAGCGCAUUGGGAAUUGGGCGUUCCAAAUUGGGAGAUAUGUGUUCUGCGGGGGACCUGGGUAGCUUAGCGAGUAUUGACGCCGACUGUCACCGCUAGGGCCACAAGUUUGUAUCCAGGGCGUGCUGAGUGACUCUAGUUAGGCUUCCUAAGCAACCAAAUUGGCCCGGUUGCUAGGGAGGGGAGAGUCACAUGGGGUAACCUCCUCGUGGUCGCUAUAAUGUGGUUCUCGCUCUCGGUUGGGCGUGUGGUGAGUCAUGCGUGGAUGCCGCAGAGAAUAGCGUGAAGCCUCCAUACAUGCUACGUCUCCACGGUAACACGCCCAACAAGUCACGUGAUAAGAUGCGCGGAUUGAUAGUUUGUUGUCUUUGUCCUGUAUAUUAAGCUGCGAUAGGAUGAAGUAUUUUACCAUCACCUUGAAGGACGUCUUUUAGAUAUGUUCACUGGAAAACAAAACAAAAGUAUUAAGAAAAUGUUUUUGACAGUCAAACACGCAUACAGGCACACGACUCUAAAGUACCUACAUGUUUCUCUGAUGUUGAAUCCUGUGGCACUCGCAUGACUUAAACUUAACUGUGUUGUGGUCAUUGUUGGUAGCAUCCAUGGCCCAGCAGAGGUGCUUUUGUGUUGCUCACGAUGUAAAAUAGUUACGCUUUACCCAGUAUUCAUUGACUUCAGUUCCUUCUUUAAACUUGUCAGAGCUGUGCAGUUGCUCGUUCGGGGCUUUACUUUAUAACUUGGAUGUUUCUCUCAGUUUUCAUGGUUUGACUAUGGAGCUUCACAAACAGACAAGUUGAUAUUAUAAUUAUUUUAAUUAAAUGAAUAGCACAAUCAAUGCUCGAGUCUGGUGUGUUUGCACAGUGUUAUUACUGGAUUAUUGAUUUAUUUAUUGAUUUAUUCAGUUUAUUGCUUCACACUUCACACAACUAGCCACAUUCAGAGAAUUAUUGUUGGUGUUUUUGUCACCUGAGAAAUCCACAUGUUUCUAAUAUAUAUUAAAUUCAAUUUGCAUCAGAUAAAAAUACGAUUAGACAAUUAGUGGCUUGAUAAUGAUUUACAAACUUAUCAUACAUAUAAUGUCAUGUUUUGAUUUACAAAUCAUGUCAAUCAUGCAUUUAUUAAAUUACAAAUACAAAAUGAAGCCUAUUUUCAGAACAAUU